CUGACUGACUGACUGACUGUGACAGAGGCAGAGCGAAUCGAAUCGCAAUGGACCAAUCGUUCGAAAUAACAGAGCGUCCGCCACCGCCUCCACCGCCGAACACGCCCCCGCCCCCUUCCCGCAUGCAGCAGCAGCGAGAGCGCAUCCACAACCCGUUGCACCCGCACCACCUGGGCAACAUACCGAGCGGGUACACUACGCAGCGACUUCAAGAAUGGGGGCCGAUGUACAUAUUCGACGCCAUGACGAGCGACGCGUUUAUCCGCGGGGUAUCGAUUCCCUCCUCCACGCCGGACGGCAUCGUCCGCGUGCGGGUCGAUCCCGCCGCUGGUGGACGCCCGUUCUUUCUUAGGAAGAUGUUUGUUAGUGCGGUGGUUAGGUGUGGCUGUGGGACGGGGGAGGGCGCGAGGAGCGGUGGUGAGAUAUUCCCGAUACAUGUUGAGUAUGCGUUGUAUCGCGCCCCGCUGCUGGCGGCUGUGCUGCUGAGUGGGUUUGUGUGCCGCGGGGAUUAUGUCGAGAUCCCGAUGCCGCAUCCGGAAGUGUGGAGGGAGGUCGUCGUGUGGAUUUAUACUGGGUUGUGGGAUGGUGGUGAGGAGGUUUUGGAAAAUAUCAUGUACCUAGGUGGGAGGGUUUGAAACAAGGCGAUCAGAGCUUGG